AUGGGGCGACCUCGGGGUGCCUGGCGCAGGUCCGCCGGCCCAGCCGUCGUCGUCGCCGUAGGCCUCCUGUGGGCGCGGCCCACCGACCGCGCGGGGAGCGACGCGGCCUGGCGUGCGGCGUGGCCGCGGCCCGCCCGCGCGCCCGGCAGUCCCGGGGAUGCCGCCCGCGUGGUCGGCAGGGCGAGGCCGCCGCGGCGCGCCCCGGGCCAGCGGCGUACCCUGCGGAGAGCCAGGGGCGGCGAGGAGCUGCGGCCGUUGCACAGGUCGGAGUUCGGCGUGCUCGACUGCGGCGGUAAGUGGACAGAGCCGACGUGUCCAGAGUGUGGGUCCGUCAUGCUGUUGAGGAAGCGCAUCCAGCCAGGAAGAGGCGCCGGAGGUUGUUUCUACUCUUGCGAUGCCUGCAACACGUCGGUGAAGCCGGUUAACAGAAAGGAUGCCGAUAGACGCGCGAAACAGAAGAGUGUCGCGAUUAUGCUCCGCGAUUACCAGAAGGUCGACGUGGAGAGAGUGAGAAAAGCUUUCCAGGAUGACAACUGGGACAUGGUGGUGCUGUCCAUGGCCACGGGCGCGGGCAAGACCUCGGUCGCCAACGCGUACAUUGCCCAGCAUGAGGGGGAGUCGUUGGUCUGGUGGACAGCGCCUUCCUGCGAGCUCCUCGAGCAGGCCGAGAUGAACAUGCGAAGGCUCUCGCCCCGUCGCAACCGGUUUCGGUUGGGCCUCUGGAGUGUCAUGCCCGACGUCGUGGAGCUGCCCAGGUCAUACCAUCAGGUCAGUCCCAGAGCCAGAACCGGGGCGACCGUCUACAUGACGGAGCAGCUGCUCUUCCGGCGACUGGCGGAGCCUCGCCCCGAAGUGGGGAGCAGCGCUCGGGAGGGAGGUCUGGAGGCGAUCCUUCCUCAGCUCCUCGUAGUGGACGAGAGCCACUGGGCGGGCCUUGCCAAGACGGGCAUCGUGCUCCUGAAGUGGGCCCGGUUCCACGGCGUCCGCGUCCUGGGCCUCAGCGCCACGCCCAGGCCGCACCCAGCGCCGCUGCAGCCGAUCAUACACUCGGCCUCGCUGGUGCAGCUGGCGAGCAGGGGCGUCCUUGCCUGGCCCCGGCUGUGGGCAGUCCGCAGGCGGCUCCGCGAGAGCCCGCUGCGCCCCGAGCUCGUGUUCGACAUGCGGGACCACCAAGAAGGGGCUCCCCGAUGA